AAAAAUACAAAACAAAUUCGCAAUCAACUUGAAGAUUAGCAGCCAUAGUACAAUUAAACCAAAUAUUAAUUGGGGAUUCUCUCUGAGAGGUUUGAGGAUUCCCCUAACGUUCCCCCAAUUGAUAGGUUCACCUAUUGGUUGGUUUUACCACCACACCCCCCACCACAAUUUACACCUCUCUCUCUCUCUCUCUAAAGAAAACUUUGAGAUCUCAAAGGUAUGCCCAAAAUUAACAAUAUAUUCCACAAAUUCUUUAUCUCUUUCCUCUUAAUUGUUGAAAAAUUUCUUUUUUUUUCUUCGGAUUAGGGGGAAAAAAAAAAGAAAUCUAUUUCUUCGCUUCUCGAAUAGAUCAGUCAGGCAGAUGGAGAAGGAGAAGGAGGAGGCAACUUUCGCCUCGGGAUUCGCGAAUGAGGAGGAGGCGGCCCGCGCGGCGCUCGUCUCGAAAUUCGCGAGCGAGUGUCGCGUGAGCGGCGGAUGGGGCAAACGACUCGCAAGGGCGGUGAAGAGCGGGCUAGAGGAGGCCUGGGACCUACUGGACGAGAAUCGGGCCCUGAUCAACGAGCUGGACCACAAUCGGGACUCCGAGACCGGGGACGAUCUCGCCCUCAACAUCGCCCUCCUCGGUGAGCUCAAUGAGAACAUGCAUCGCGCCGCAGACCUCUACGCCGGCCUCUCCGCCGCCCUCGCCGCCGCCGCCGCGCGAAAAACGAAGGCGCGGAAGGCGAAAGAAGCCGGCAGUGAGAGUACUGCCCGGCCUGAAUAAAACAGACAGCUCCUGCAUGCGUGCGCAAAGUGCAGUACUGCCAAAUAAAUGAAGAUACAGCAAAAGUGCAUCUGUCAUGGUGCAAUCUCAAUAAAAAAAAAAGUGUAUUGCUGAUCUCUAUUCGCAAUAGAGUGCAGUGCUGUUUGAUAAUUAUUAUUUUGAUAAUAUUAUUUAAAAAUAUUUCCCUAAA